AUGAGUAUCAUCACAAGACUGCUGCAAUCUGGUGGCGACAAUGACGGACAUUCGAAGAAGCUUAACGCCUACAAUGCGUGGAUGAUUCUGUUCGUCUCAAUUGGCUCUUUAUGCUACGGAUAUACCGCAAAUGUUAUUAGUGCUACACUUGCUCAACCGACUUUCCUUACAUACUUUGAGCUAGACACCCGAUCAGACGCAUUGGCACUCAUAUCCGCAACAAAUGGUAUAUUCCAGACUGGCGGUGUCCUAGGCACCUUGACCUUGGCCUUUUUCAGCGAUAAAUUUGGGCGCAAAGGUGGUCUUGCCAUCAGCGCACUGCUCAUUCUGAUUUCCGGCGCCCUUCUUGCUGGAAGCGUGAACAUCGGCAUGUUUUUGGCGUUUCGCUUUUUCGCUGGUGCUGGUGCAUUCAUGAUUCUCGCUGCCGUACCUAUAUGGAUGGCAGAGGUCGUACCUCCAUACCUGCGAGGAGCGCUCGUGCAAAUUCAUGCCAUUGUGCUUGUACUCGGAUAUAACUGUGCUUCAUGGCUUGGAUUCGGCAUUUUCCAUUGGGAGAAUGGUGGUUCAGCUACAUGGCGCAUUCCCUUCGCCAUCCAAUGCUUCUGGCCACUUUGUCUUCUAAUUGGGCUGUACUGGUGUCCUGAGAGUCCUAGGUGGCUCAUCCUCAAUGGAAGGAACGAUGAAGCGCACAAGAUCUUACUGCGUCUCCACAAUGAUGCUGAAGACCCAGAACACACGUUUGCAAGGACAGAGUUCCUAUCUAUCACUAAGCAGCUUGCUAUUGAUCGCACACUGCCUAGCAGUUGGAUGCACAUCUUCCGUAAGCCCUCUUUGCGCAAGCGCGCACUCAUCACGAUAGGCACUACUGGCUUUAUACAAUGUUCAGGUAUCCUAGUAGUAAACAACUAUGGUCCAUUGCUCUACAAGAACCUUGGGUACGAUACCAGGACACAAUUGUUGUACGGUGCGGCGUGGCUUACAUUUGCCGUUGGCUUGAAUGCGAUGGGUGCAUUCCUGAACGACCACUAUCCACGUAAUAAAUUCAUGUCUAUUGGUGUCUUGGGUUGCAUGAUUGUCCUUUCCGUUGAAGCCGGCAUCAUUGCAAACGUUGCCAAAUUCAUCGCAGACGGCAAUGGAAAUGGACUUCGAGCAGGAGUCGCAUUCCUUUUCCUCAUUGAAAUCCCCUACGACUUCUUCCUAAAUGGGAUGCAGUUCAUCUACAUCAGCGAGGUCUGGCCGAUGCACCUCCGGGCAAAGGGAAUGAGCUUGGGUGUUGCAAUGAUCUCACUCAUGAACAUUGUCUGGCUUCAAUCCGCGCCUGAAGCAUUUGCUAACAUUGGCUGGAAAUUCUAUCUUGCCUUCAUCGUUCCUGGAACAAUCGGAUCCGUGGUUAUGUGGUUAUUCUUUCCAGAUACCCUUGGCCUGCCUCUGGAAGAAGUCGCUGCCAUAUUUGGAGAUCACGACGAAGCCAACAUUAAGGAAUCUCAUACCGAAAGAAUUGAGACCGUAGCAUGA